AUGUCGACUGUGAAUAAUAACCCUACCGUAGCGUCGGUUUUCGACGAUUGCAACAACACAAUGGAGGCGAUCGAGAAUGAUUUUUCGUGUCGGCCGCCCGGCAAAAACAACAAGAUUUCUAGACGAAAAAAGCUAACCUUAACACCGGAACUAAAACGAUUAUCAUUUGGUUCCAUAAAGACACAGUGUUCUUUAAGUGAUUCAAGAUUCAUUUGUUUAAAUGGCUUCCAAUAUUUGAAAAACAAAGAGAUUACGUUAGAAGAAAACAUGGAGCUCAUUAGUGAAAACAUAUUAGUAGAAAGAAAAUAUUUCCAAGAGGUUGUUGACAGUUUACUAAGCCAAGUUGUACAGCUGGAAGAAAAUAUUGACUUGAAAACAGUCGAGAUUGAAAACUUGCAACUGUACAAUUCAGAAAAAUUGAAAAUUAUUAACUCGCUUACAAUGGCGCUUAAUGAAACUAAGUGGAAGCGUGACACCAUGCAACAGUUUUGUGAAGAACAUGCUCCAAAUGUACUUUAUAAAAGUAUGAUGUUAGUCAGUUGUGUUUUGGAUAAAAUAUCCGUUUUUAAAUCUAAUCAGGAUAAACUACAUUCGUGUUUAAUCAAUUUGGAAGAAAAUUGUCCGUUAGUUAAAGCAGUCAAACAGCUCAAAUCUGGUUGUGACAAAUGUAUUAGUGUCAUCGAGAAAGCUACUAUCAGAGAGCUGUCUUACGCAUUAAUGAAUGAAAAAGAUUUUAAUGGCACAAUAAAACACACCAUUUACAAUCUACAAAAUUUCCUAUUCAAUGCACCACUUGACUGUAAUUCUGCCGUUGAAAAGAUCGGUUUGUUGAAAAUCACUCAGGAUGGUGAACAUAAUUUAGAGAAUAUGAUUGCAUUAUGGGAAUUGGUGAAGGAUAUGUUCCAGAAACAUCAAUACUUGACAAAUAAAAUAAUUUCACUCAACAUGCAGAAAAUUGGUUUGAAGUUACAACUUGAUGAAAUGGAAAAUAAUAGGAAGGAGCUUGAACUAAAGGCUAUGACAGAAAUCAAAGUUGUAGAGAAAAAAGAAGAAUUAUUAAAUCAAAAUGAAUCGAUGAUUCAACAACAUUGGGAUGAAAUGGAUACUAGUCAAGAAAUAGUUAUGCAAACUCAAAGAGCUCAAGAUAUUGAUCAAGAAUUAGAAGAUCUUCAAAUAGAAUAUCACAGUCACGACAAAUAUAACAGACAAUUGAAAACAGAUUUGUGUCAUCUUGAAAAUGAAUUGGCCGAGUAUCAGCUCAAAUGUAAUCAAAUGGAAAUUGAAAACAAAAAAAUUGAAACUGAGAAAAUUAACAUUUUAGAAGCAUAUGCCAAAUCUUGGGGACAUUACAAUGAUAAACAAAAGAUCAAAUACACAGGGAGGCUUAUAAAAGACAUAGACUCCAUUACGCAGGAAAUUAAAUCAUUAGAAAUGGAUUUUGAAAAACAAGUACAUAACAUUACAUCUACUGUUCGAACUCCGGUCUUUAGUAAAACUCAAACAAAGUCCGAGAAAACAACACGGUCAUAUGGAGUUAUUGAUACAUACAAACGGCCAAACAAAAGUUUGUUUCGGGAAGGUGUUGUCCGUAAUUUACGUUACUAA